CCAUAUAAAGAGAGAGUUGCGACAACUCGGGUACAGAAAAUUCGGUUUGUGACGUGGUUCGUGUAACUUCAAGUAGUUCAAAUAGUUCCCGGAAGCGAUUUUGACUGUUCGUUAGAAUCAUAAAAUAACCGUCUUUUACAGUCUGUUAACGAGUGUUCGAUCCUAACUUCCGGGAACUAUUGUUGAGAAAAUAUGGAACAUUAGCGUCAAUGGAGUUGUCGCAACUCUCUCUUUAUAUGGCUCUGCCCUGGUUGAAAUUCGCAAAAUGCUAUUAGCAAACUGCAGCUGGGUUUGAUUGGGAAAUAGUAACUUGUUACUUGAAUGUUACAGUAGCAUGCGUUAAGUCGCGCCACAUCCAUUCAUCGAAAUUCGGUAUUUUCCAGGGUUGGAAAGUAAAAGUAACGAACAAGACAGACUGGCUAAGUUUCGAUCGUCUUCAGGGGGAUGGCAGAUCUAAGCACCAAGUCUGCACAGGAGAUCACUGAUCUCCUGGAUGAGUAUGGCAUCAAGCAUGGGCCUGUCGUUGGCACCACCAGGAGUCUCUAUGAGAAGAAGCUGAGAGAGGCCAUGACCAAAGGUACCCCGAAACAGUCAUCUGACAAGACAUACUACAGAGAAGAGGAGGAAGAAGUCGAGUACAUCGAGUAUCAUCCACCGGUGAGAAAUGAAGGCUUUGGGGAUGUCGUCCGAAGACCAAAAAAUUUUGAAUACAACGAUGAAGUUGAUCACCACUUUGAAGAGCCCGUCAUUAACAGGUCAAAAGCGUCCUAUCAGAACAUGUCUUACUCCACGCCUCCGCCCCCAAAAGUUAGCCAGAGGAAGCCCAUCGCAGAAGUUCCCAAAUCAGGUGGAAUCCCGGGAUGGGUGCGCGUGCUUGUGUUUGUCAUCAUAGCAGUAUUUCUGUAUUACGUAUACUCCAUCAUGGAGACCCAGGAGGAAAACCCAUUCAACAGGGGGAUUGAAGCAUAGUUUUCUGGUUCUUCUCAUUUAAAAAGAAUUGUUUCACACACACACACACACACACACACACACACACACACACUAAAAUUCAAAGAGUAUUUGCUGUUUAUGGUACCUCUUAAAACAUAGAAUGUAAAUGGAUCUUUUUUCAGUAACUGUCUAUGGUUCAAUUUUUAGUCAACUGCAGUACCAUAAAUCAUAAAAAGGAAAUAUUUUUUUAAAAAUGUUUUUAGCCCAUUAAAUUUCCAAAUGUACAGACAUUACUCUUUUUUUAAAAAAUGCAAAUGUUGUACUUGCUAGCUUGCAUCCUGUGCAGUCCCUCCAAUUCCACACUGAAUUGAAUGCAUUUUAUUUGGAAGUUGAUACAGCACUCCUUAUGGGUUGAGUUUAAUAGAUUAGUUUAAUACAUUUUGAACACUAUAAUUCAUUUGAAUCAAUGCACCUCAGUAUUUUUUAUAUCAGAAGUAUCUUGAUUGUAUCAAUAUACUAUUAUGUUACCUUAGGAAGGACUACAGUGUUGUCAAAUAUUUUGCCAAAGAUUAUGUUGUGAUGCAGAAGAUGCAUUUUCUUCCUGUCCUUUCCAAAUGUUGUAUGGACCACUUUGUAACUUUACAAUAUUUUUUUCCAGUUUGUCCAGCAGUUUGAUUGUACCCGCCUUAAAUGCAAUUGUCCAACAAUAAAGUUUGUUUUAAGCAA